AUGCCGCGAUGCAGUAAACGCACGCGGGGUGCAGCAGCCGAUUUGCUGCCAGGUACUACGUCUCUUGAAGACCACCAUCACCACAAAAGGUCAAGGAACACAAGUUCUCGACGACAUUCCAAAACUGAAGAUAUAAGUUUUAGUCCUAAAAAAUGUUUAGUCUGGUUUAAAGAAUAUACCACAAUUGCAGAACCAGAUGUAUUAGGGCCUGAGGGUAUGGAAAAAUUUUGUGAAGAUUUAGGAGUGGAUCCAGAAAAUGUGGUAAUGUUGGUCAUUGCAUAUAAAAUGGGAGCUAAACAAAUGGGUUAUUUCACACAGGAAGAGUGGUUGAAAGGUUUAACAGAUCUACAAUGCGACAGCGUACUCAAAUUGCAGAGCAAAUUAGACCAUCUUCGAACUUUACUAAAUGACCCAUAUGUCUUCAAAUCAAUAUAUAGAUAUUCUUAUGAUUUUGCAAGGGAUAAAGACCAACGUUCCCUAGACACGAGUACGGCUCGUGCACUAUUAGGAGUACUUCUACCGCGUUGGCCUCUUCGCCUACCCCUCGCAGAGUUUCUGACUCACGGACGGCGGUACCGGGUCGUUAACCGGGACCAGUGGUGUAAUAUACUCGAGUUCAGCCGCACUGUUGACACGCACCUUACUGCUUAUGACGCGGAUGGAGCUUGGCCUGUAAUGUUAGAUGAAUUUGUGGAAUGGCUGAGAGCAGAACGUGGAGACGCAGCUAUGCACGCCAGCUGA